AUGAGUCGCUCUCGCGCAUCGAUCGAAGAGCCUCUUCUCUCUCCAUCGUCUUCAACAUCCAGCUUCGCCGAAGCUGUCAAAUCAAGUGCCGACGAUCCCAGCUGCCCGUCUCCAGAAGAUCCACCCUCCAACGAUGACGGCCCAUCUCCCACAGCCCAGCCAGGCGUCCUCGCCAUCGAAGCCACAACGCAAGCCUGGACAGGACAUUCCCUAACAACAGCCUACAUAAUGAUCUGGUUCAUCUACUUCGUCGAAACACUGCUAGCCGGCACAACAGCAGCGCUCAUACCAUACGUCACAUCAGCCUUCUCCAUGCACUCGUUCACGCCCACCGUCAGCAUCCUCAGCAACGUAGUCGGCGGAGUGACCAAUCUGACGAUUGCCAGAAUCAUCGAUGUCUUUGGGCGACCGCAUGGCUUGAUCUUAUGCUAUAUACUGGCCGUCUUCAUCGCUGAUACGACAAAGUUGGAGAACAGGGCGCUGAUGCAGGCCCUUAUGAACUCGACUGGUCUGAUUACGGGAUGGGUAGCUGGGCCGUUGGCUCAACGGUACCUUGGUGGCUUGGGAUGGCGGUGGGCGUUUGCCAUGUUCAGUGCACUCGUUCCGCUUGUUACGCUGCCGCUGUUUGGGCUGCUGAUGUGGAAUUACAGGAAAGCGAAGAGAAUGGGGCUUGUGCGCGAGCGCAAGACCGGUCGCAAUGCUCUGCAGUCUGUGAUACACUACAGUCGGGAGUUUGAUGCGAUCGGCUUGUGCUUGGUCUCGGUGGGCGUUACGCUUUCCCUGCUGCCGUUCAACCUUCACACGUUGGCGGGCAACGGUUGGGCAUCACCGUCCAUGGUGGUCAUGUCCAUACUUGGCGUCUGCUUCCUCGUCGCAUUCGUAUUUUGGGAAAGGUCCUUCGCGCCCAUCCGCCUUCUUCCAUACAGCUUACUCAUGGAUCGAACCGUCUCUGGAGCAUGUCUCGUAUGCACAUGUCUCUUCGGCAGCUAUGCCAUCUGGAACAGCUACUUCAGCUCUUACCUGCAAGUCGUGCAAGGCCUUAGCGUGGAAGAAGCGAGCUACGUCGCGCAAGCCUAUACCAUUGUCAGCGUGGUAUUCGCGGUCUUGGCUGGCUACAUCAUCCAUCGCACUGGCCGCUUCAAAACCAUAUCGCUCGUUAUCGGUAUCCCGCUCAGCAUGCUGGGUCAGGGUCUCAUGGUCCUCUUCCUCGCUCCAGGGAACACCGGCUAUAUCAUCGUGUGCUUCCUCCUCAUCUCCGUUUCACAGGGCGUCCUCGUCGUUACGGAUGAGAUCGCUAUCCUGGCCGCAGGGUCGCACGAGCAUGUUGCGGCGAUGCUCGCUCUUGUCAGCAUCUUUGGGAAUAUAGGUGGAGCCAUUGGUUUGACUAUCGCCGCCUCAAUCUGGUCGGACGUGCUUCCAAGUCGACUGCGGCAAUACCUGUCCCCGGAGGAGUUGCCAGAUCUUCACGGGAUCUUUGGGGAUCUGGCGAAGCAGUUGUCUUAUCCGAUCGCCUCCCCCACGCGCAUCGCUAUUCAGCAUGCAUAUGAAGACGCGAUAUCUCGGCUUCUACUCGUGAGUACGGGUAUAUGGGUCCUCGGCGCUUUCGGAGUGUUGAUGUGGCGGAACAUCAAUGUGAAGCAGAUUCAACAGAGCAAGGGCCAUGUUUGGUAA